AUGUAGCGGUGUGUCUGUGUUUGUCCUCUCAGUCCGUCUGUCUGACUGUCCGCAGUGUCUCCUUCUUUUAAGGAUGACUGAUGACUGCUGCUGGCUUAGAAAGUGAAAGUUAGCAGGAGGGAAACAUGAGGCUGUUCGGCUAAAUCAAUACAUCUGGAGAAAAAAGUUAAUGUACUCCGUGAACUAAAAACGAUCAGCAGUCUGAUAUGAAGAACAUCAGUAUAAAUCAAGGCCGCGUAGAACUGUUUCGAGAGAAACUUGACAACUUGGCCAUCUCUGAUUACCAUGGCCUGAAGAGUCCAGGUCUUACAUGCUAUUUGAACAGCGUGCUUCAGGUGCUUUUUAUGACCGAAGACUUCAGGAGCUCCAUAAAUCAAUGCUGCAGUAAAGAUCCAACAGCCUUUGACGCACUCCUGGGAAAUAUGUUUGCUGAACUGGAGAAAGGAUUGUCUAAAACACACAGCAUCACAAAAAAGCUGGGGAUCACAGACGUUUACGAGCAACGUGAUGCUGCUGAAUACUAUGAGAAGAUCCUCUGUCUGUCCAGUGCCAAGGCGUCCAAGAUAUUCAAAGGUGAGCUCAUCCAUAAAACCACAUGUGUCGCAUGUAAGAAAAGAAACAAUUCCAGGAGCCGUUUUUGGAUUCUGCCACUACCAAUGGAGGACUCGCGUGAUCGAACCUACAGCGUGGAGAGAGGCUUGAAGGCUUUCUUCAAGAAAGAAAAGGUCUUUGGGGAAAACAAGAUGUACUGCAACCAGUGCAAAGAAAAGCAAGACGCAGUCAUUGAGAGUGAAAUAACACAAAAUCCAGAGAUUCUGACCCUCUUGCUCAAGAGAUUCACCUUCAACUACGAGUGCAAUUGCUACAUCAAGCUUCACUGUAAAGUUUACCUGCCAGAGACUUUGCACAUGGAGAAUAGUAAAUAUGACCUCUACGCUGUUGUGAACCACUUUGGUGACCUCACAGGAGGUCAUUACACUGCAGAAAUCAAAUCCUUUGAAAAUGGAGAGUGGUACUGCUUCAAUGACAAUGUUGUUGAGAAGGUCAGCAAGUCGUUAUUCAGCUCUGGGAACACCUCUGUAAGGUCCCAAACAGCAUACCUCCUCAUGUACAGGAAAGAGAGCAUAUCUUCUGAAAAUCCUCAGCAUCAAGCUCAAUGUUCACACUUAGACGUGGAAGAAGGAAGACAUGUUGCGCCACAGAGGCGUCAUUGUAAACUGGAUGAAAGUGGCAGAGGAAGGGACCUGUUUGGCGAUGCGUUGAAGACGAGCAACGGUACCUCCUCUGGGAAACUGGAAGAACACAAGGACUCGUUGCUUCAAUCAGACUCUGAAGAGGGUGUGGAUAUUUUGGAGCCAAGCUGGGUAGAGCAAAGGUCACAUUUUUCAAGGAUGCAAAAAGACAGAGGACAUCAGCAUCUUCAGAUUAACUCAGAGAGAGUUUCAAAGCACUGUGACUUUAGUAGGUUUGAACAGAGCCAGAGCCAGAUUUCCCGAAAGAAUAUACUAAAGCUGCAUGAUAUCGCCUGGGAUCGGACAGAGAAACACUGCAGUGCUGGAAGAACUGAAACAAAAACUAAAUGUGGGACUGAGGGAAACCCCAGAGCUGAGUCUGCGGAAAGUGGGUUUGUCGCAGAUGAAAGUAUAGAAGGGACAAACAACAGCUGUUCUCCCUCUUCAGUUAUUUACCCGUCGAAACCCUUGCUUAGUAACCACAUCGUGAACAAACCCAGCGACUGUUGCCUCCGCACAAAGCACAAUAACCACGCGAAAGUGCGGCAGGUCACGUUUGCAAGUCGGAGGAUGACGCCAGUCAAACAGAAGCCGUGGAAGUGGUGAAAUAGGAGAAAAGAUAAUGUGAUGUAGAUUCAGUUGAUCUUUUUUCUGCUUCCCCCAAAGGUUUUCAGUGCUGUUUUUUUCAUCUCUCGUUCAUCUUUGUUCCAGUGCAGCUUGCUCAGUGACACAUUUAGAGGGUGGUGUGUGAGGCAUGGAAGAACCUAUUUACUUUUAGAGUGGAUCUGAUCACAGGAGAGUGAUUGCUUCACUUUCUUUAAAGAAAUGUACUCCUAUUUCUUUGAGAUAGAUGUAUAGACUUUAAAAAGGGUUUGUCAUAAAAUAAAUAUCUGCAGCAAAUGACUUGUU